AUGGCCGAGAGUGAAGAGUCCCGUCACAGGAGUAAUGACGGUGGAGGCUCUUUGCUGUCACAUCCCAGCGUGUGCGGAGGGCUGGCGCAGCAACUGCCGACCUUGUUCCCAGCCAAAGGACACUGGCAGGUGCACACCACAAAGCGUGGCUGGGCCAGCCUAGCCCCCGCUCUGCAGGAUGCACUCAGCAGAGCAGUGUCGCAGUCCGAGGAUCGUGUGGAAAUCCACAUCGACCCUGCAACCAGCAGGGUGUGGAUGCCGGACAAGGUGGCAGCAGAUCCAGCGAGGCAGUCUAGCUGCUUGGUGUACGAGGCCUUCCCACUCGACCGGACCAUCGGCAAGGUAGGAGGUGAGCCACCUCGACCGGUACGAUGGCGUGUAGGCGCCGGUCCCCGGAAAGACAGCAGCAAGCU